UAUGGUUGCUGAUUCUAGAGAACAUAACCAUCGGAUUCAACGGCAAAUUUGGUUCCAAAAACGUGUUUUUGCCGGGAAAAAAAACACACACAGAGAGGAGGAUGUUCUUCCUUCUUUUUCCCGUCACCGCUCUCCUCUCUUCGCCCACCCCUCACGCGUCCCAUCGUUUCAUUUGUUUUCUUUCCGUUUCUUGAUUUUACAUUUUACUCCUCUCGAUACGAAAUCGAAUGUUUUCUUUUUGGGAUCAUCAUCGAACCUUUCUUGUUUCUCGGGAAAUCCAUUGAUUUUUAUUUUUUAAAUCCAAAGUUGCAAAUUUUUCUCCGUGAAUCCAAAAAAGGUUACAUUUUUUUUUUUAUUAGUUAUUCUCUGUUUGGAUUUCCGGACACAAGGUUACAUAACGGUGGUCGAGACGAAUCCGUGUUUGUUUCUCGGGAAAAUUAAGGAAUUUUGAGCGAAAGCUACGAUUUUUUUUUCCUUCUUUCAAUUUUUUUUUUAUAUCUUAGUUUUACAUUCUUUAGUUCUUAAGAGCAGUUCUCUUGUAUAUUUCACAUACAAGCCCCCACGAGACAGAGAGAACAAAAAAAAAAACACAUAUUCGGUUUAUGGAUUUUUGAGCUAAAACGUUUUUGUGUUGUUGGUAACAUAGUUUCUCGAGCAAACGAAAAAAAAAAACAGAGUUAUAUGCAUAUUCAUAUACAAAGGGAACAAUGUCAAGCUACAAGAUGAAAAGCCUCUUGAAGGGGCUACGUUACAUUUCUCAAGUCUUUGAGAGUGAAAAGGAGCCGGAGAUGAAAAUCGGGAAUCCAACAAAUGUAAAGCACGUGGCCCACAUUGGCUGCGACGGACCCUCCGCCACUGCACCCAGCUGGAUGAACGAAUUCAAGGCUGGGUUUGGAGCGGCAUCAAACGAGAUGGUGGGAGGGGAGGAAGACAAUUACUCAGCAAAAUGUAUGUCGGAAAGUGGGAAGACGAGAGACGUUCCGAGAAUACCGAAAUCUACGAAGAAAUCGGCGUCAGGCUCCCCGACGAAAGACCGACCCGACAAAACGAAACGACGCUCCUCGAACAAAGGAAGUUCCGAAGAGAAGGGAAGAUCGUCUCGCAGAUCCAAGGACGCGUCCGGACAGCAGCUGCUCGACCAAGAUUCUUGGUCUCGCCACAGCAGCUUAUCCGAGAUUCAGAAAAAAUCCAAACGAAAGAAAUCAAAGGACUCUGUCGGCGGAGGCGGAGGCGGAGGCGGAGGCUCUUCGAGAUCUUCCAGAAAAUCUGAUACAGAUACCAUCUCAGAUUACAUGUCCGAAAAUGGUUCCGUUAAAUCUAUAUCCCAACACCAUGAGGAGAGACGGGGGUUUUGAUUAUUAUUCUUAAUACAAUCUUCUAGAUUUACUUACACCGUUUCAUUUUUUUUACAUAUAUAUAUAUUUUUCCAUA